AUGGCUGCAUACAUUUAUUUUUUGGAUAUGGGAGCCGUAAUGGAUCAAGUUUUCGUCUGCCGGAUCCCUCCCGUGGUCUCGUCCUAUUAUGAGUUGGAGAUGGAAGUGCGAAGACAACUCCAGCUGGAGCCGCAUUUUCUGCUGCUCCAUACGAAAUGUAAGCUAGCGAUGAAUUGCUUUGCGGAGUUCUCGGAUCCUCCGCCGUUCAAGAGCCAUGGCGAGUUUCAAUUGGCGUUUGGAACGAAGAAAAUGCUUGAGACUGUAAGUUUUCGAUUUGAAGUUUGAGUAAUUUCUCUUUGCCGUUAUGAUUGGAUGUAUGGCGCGACUUAAAACUUUCAAAAAAAGGGCUUUUGCCUUGUGUUUCUUCUUGACCUUUUAUUUGCAGUGCCCUGAUCUUCCCCUGAAACCGGAAGUUGUUGCGCAGGCGCAUGGCUUAAUGGAGAUCAAGAAAGAAAUCCUCGAAUCCGAAGAAGAAGUGGUCUGGCUACCUAAUCCUCGCGAGCCGAAAGUGUUCAAGAUCCCUCCGGGUCAAGAUCAGCCAACGAACCAGCCGUCGACAUCCGCCGCGGGUAUUUCGAAGUUUGGCUCCCCGCCAUUUUUAAACGAAUACAAUUUUGUGGAUUCCAAGGUAGGAAGUUGAAGUUUUUUGUUUGACAAGGAAAGUACUUCUACGGGGUAUGGAGUUACAGGUCUAUAUCAAAAAAUUCGCAAAAUUGUUCUGAUUUAGAAUAUGGAAAAAUAAGCUGCCUAUUUUUGGUUUGUAAGGGUGAAAAAAUCCUCUGAACUUUUCUCGCAACACCACGCAAAUGCCUUUUUGACUAACAGGGGAAGUACCCCAAGUGCGACGCUCAGAUUUUGAUGAAACUUGGUACAAAUUUAGAGUAUUUUUUUCUAAAAUAUAUGCGAGAAACCUAGCUCGCGGUUUGCAGAGACAACCGAUAUUUUUAGUUCGAAAGUUGGCGAAAAUUUGACACUUUUUGCCGAAUUUCGGCACGAAAAGUUUUAUGCCUAUUUCUACCAUAGAGGGUAAUGUUUCCACAAAAAAUCAAUUUUUUCCGCACGAAGGCGAAGUUAUGAACAAAAAUUGUUUUUCUCUCUGACCGCCCUCCGCGUUUCGCGUGCUCUCUGCGGCAAAGAUCGUUCAAUAUCUCGGCUGCACAUGCAAAGCGCGAGCUAAAACUUUCAGGAAUUAAUGCUUAGUCCAUGACCGAUGUGUGUGCAAAAUUUGAAAAAAAAAUCUGAGCGUCGCACUUGGGCUACUUCCCCUGUAAGUUUUUUCCAAGUCAAAUGCGUGUUUUUGAGCUAAAGUAAACUGUUGUAUCUUGACAAGCCUUAAAAUAUCAAAUUUAAUUUAUACUACACCUUAAUUAAUAACCGCAAUGUAAAAAAGGCGCAUUUGCAUGCUGUUGCGAGAAAAGUUCAUACGAUUUUUUCAUCCUUACAAACCAAAAUUAGGCGGCUAAUUUUUACAUAUUCUGUAUCAAAAAAAUUUUGCGAAUUUUUUGAUAUUAGACAGAGAGGUCCGCAAAACGAGCUUUAUGUUGCUUUUUCAUGGUCUUCAGAUGGAUCAAAGAACGAUGGAUGGAGAACGCGUGCCGCCAGCGUCGUCCACUGUCGAAAUUCAAACAACCCCGAUCUUCGCCCCACCAUAUACAUCAACCCCGAUUUCUGCACCGAGAGGAAACAUACGGAGAUUCACGGCAGAGGAACGUCGGAUCCAAGAAGAGCUGAAGAAACAUUCACUGAUCAAGCUAAUCAUGGCGUCUCCGCGGCAUGCUGGCCUACUUUAUCAGCUUGAAGACAAUCAACACCCGCCCAUGUUCUAUACCGCUUUGUCGGAAGUUUUGGCGUGGUAUAUUGUCCAGAAUUCGUAAGUUUUUUCCUUGGCGGACUGGAGUUUGAAUGGUUUGAAGUAAUUCGCUACUAUCAUUCCGCCAAUUCACGCAUGAUGAUUAAUUUUCAGCCCCUUCCACACCAAAGCAACGGCGUAUCCGAUUGUGGAACAUCUUCUCCGUCCCCAUCCCACCAUUUUGAUCAGUCAUCUCUUUGGCCCCGAUUCUUUUCGAUUGGUGGCCCGUUUCAAAUGGGUUCUGCGAAAACUGUCCAAUGCUCACAAUACAGUGUAG